ACGAGUGUGGGCGCUGGGCUGCGGAGCCCGAGUCUCGGUCUCUGAGUCGCCGAGUCCCAGCCGCUUUCCUACGGAGGGAUCUCAAAGCAUCCUACGGAAUUCGGCGGCAUUUGGGGGAAAGGAAGGGGUCGGAGCCUCGGUGGGGGAGGGACCCCGUGGGUGGAUGGUGACCCUUUCCCUCCGCCCCCAAGGUCGCCGAGGGUGGGGCGAGGAGCCCUAGGACGCCCACCCUCGCCUGGAGAGUUGGGCCAGAGCCCCGGCUACUCGGUGGAGAGCCUACCCCUCGGCGCGCCCGAAGCCUCCCGAUCCCGUCCCCAUUGUGCAGACGCAUAAACUGAGGGCCAGCGAAGGGAAGUUAUUGCAGUCUUAGGUAGGGUCGUAAAUAGCGGGAUUGGGAUUUGAACCAGGCCCAGAACUCCUGAUGCGGAGCUCGCCUGGAUGCCGCUUCUGACCUCGGGCACCUGAUUUCACGUGUCCUGGGAAAGUUUGUAGGACCGUGAUUCUGCGCCUCCCCCAAAUAGGUUGAAUAAUGUCUCGAAUCCCUCUGGGGAAAGUCCUUCUGAGAAAUGUUAUUCGGCACACAGAUGCUCACAAUAAGAUUCAGGAGGAGACAGAUAUGUGGAAGAUAAGAGAACUGGAGAAACAAAUGGAAGAUGCUUAUCGGGGGUCACAAAGGAGAAUAUUACCCAGGAGCUCGAGCCGAAUGCGAAGUGAUGGUUUUGACGAAGAAAGCCAUCGAGUCUACUGGAGGACAAAGCAAGAAAUUCCUGGGACAUUUGAAGAUGAUUUACUUAGGACUCGAUCCUGGAAUAGAAAGCUAUAUAAUUAUGAGGCCAACAUGCCAGACAGAUGGGGUCACAGUGGAUAUAAAGAACUGUAUCCCGAGGAAUUUGACACAGAUAGUGAUCAGCAAGAUGCUAUUAAUGGAAGAAACACACCUCCCCAGGAAAAGUCAUCUACUCAUGAGUCUCAUAAACGUAAGAAGUCCAAGAAAUCCCACAAAAAAAAACAAAAAAAACGGUCACACAAAAAACAAAAGAAAAGCAAAAAGGAAGCCACGGAUAGAGCUGCAGAUUCCUCAAGUGAAUGCUCAGGAGAAACUCAAGUUUCCAGUGCUAGGAAAGGAAAACAGUCGCAUAAGCGAAAGAAAAAGUCAAGGAAAAAGGCCCCUAAGAAACCUGCUUCUUUCUCAGAGUCAGAAAGUGAUUCUUCUCAUCCAGAUGAUUCAGCAUCCAGUAGUUCUGAGGAAAGUGAGGAAAAAGACGCCAAGAAAACCAAAAGGAAAAAGGAUCAGAAAGUUCACAUCACCCCAACAAAAAGGAAGAGUGAGGUACAAGAGAGGACCAGCAAACGUAAGAACUGGAAGGUGGCCCCAGAUGAAAAGACGGAUGAGAGCUCUGAGGAGGACUAAAUGGAGGGAUGCUUCACUCUCCAUGUUUCCCAGGUGACCCCUUGGACUUGACAGAUGUGGCAGGGACCCUCUCGUUAGAACAAGUAGCCCACGUGGGUGGGAGCUGCUUUGUGCCAUCCAAAUCCUAACCAAUGGAUUUUCUCCUAUUUGAGCCUGUUAAAACUUGAUCCCCUUUUAUUGAUAAUGGGGAAGCUGUUAGUUUUUGUAAUGAAGGUUUCUUGAAGAGAUUAUUUUUUGCAAUUAGCCACACUCAGUCUCAUGCACACUAUUCCCCAAAUCAGAGGAAAGAGAAGCCAGUAAUCUGGGAGCUCCCACUAAAGUGCUCAGUUUGGGGGAAGCAGGUUAGGUCCAAGAGGACAGUGUGGAAAGAUGACUUUGCUUUGUUGACUAGCCCCAAGUGCAGAUGGUAUGACCUCAAAGAAUUCAACAAGGAAAU